GAAGUGGACGAGACGACGCGCCUUUGGUGGGUAGUAGUACACAAUAAUACACGAAAGCAGCAGUGGCGAUCUACCUCUUCCUUCUUCCUUCUUCUACUCCUCUCACCCGUUUUCCAUGCUUCCCCCGAUUACCGUCCAUUGAAAUCUCCUCCUUCCGCUUCUCUCGUUCUCGGUGAGCUAAGACUAGGGUGAUGGAUCGGAGCAGGGCUCUGAGGGCUUUGAUGCUGCUGUGGCUCAUCCCCGGACUGACGUACGCCGGCGACAUCGUGCACGAGGACGACAAGGCCCCGAAGUUGCCGGGAUGCUCCAAUCACUUCAUUUUGGUAAAAGUGCAAACUUGGAUUAACAAUGAAGAAGAUAGUGAGUUUGUUGGAGUUGGUGCUCGAUUUGGCACAACUAUACAGACUAAGGAGAAAUGCGCAAGCCGGACUCCCCUCUCUCUUUCGGAUCCGUCUGAUUGCUGCACUGCACCUAAGGAAAAGAUUGCUGGAGACAUUCUUUUGGUGCAUCGUGGAAGGUGCAAAUUUACAACAAAGGCAAAGGUUGCUGAAGCUGCUGGUGCUUCUGCUUUGUUGAUCAUAAAUAACCAACUAUACAAGAUGGUUUGUGAACGAAAUGAGACGGAUUUAGAUAUAAAUAUACCUGCAGUUAUGCUACCACAUGACGCAGGUGUAAGUCUGGAGAGAAGUCUUAAGAGUGGCGCUUCACUUUCUGUGCAGUUGUACUCCCCAGAUCGUCCUCUUGUAGACACAGCAGAGGUUUUUCUGUGGCUUAUGGCAGUUGGAACCAUCUUAUGUGCUUCAUAUUGGUCAGCAUGGAGUGCUAGAGAAGCAUCUAUUGAGCAAGAAAAGUUGUUAAAAGAUGCACCAGAUGAGUUUCUCAAGAUGGAAACCACUGGUUCUGGCAGUGUGGUGGACAUCAACACAACAUCAGCAAUUUUGUUCGUUGUGAUUGCUUCUUGUUUCUUGAUCUUACUAUACAAACUCAUGUCAUUCUGGUUUGUGGAGCUUUUGGUGGUUCUAUUUGCCAUUGGUGGAGUGGAGGGCCUACAAACUUGCUUGGUGGCUAUGUUAUCACGUUGGCUCAAACAUGCUGGAGAAACUUUCAUCAAAGUGCCCUUCUUUGGAGCUGUCUCGUAUCUUACACUGGCCGUCUCUCCAUUUUGUGUUGCUUUUGCCGUCCUUUGGGCUGUGUACCGACGCGUAUCCUUUGCCUGGAUUGGCCAAGAUGUCCUGGGCAUUGCGUUGAUUAUUACAGUUCUCCAAAUUGUCCGAGUACCCAAUCUUAAGGUGGGCAUGGUUCUCCUUAGUUACGUCGCCUUCCUGUACGAUAUCUUUUGGGUUUUUGUAUCAAAAAGGUGGUUUUAUGAAAGCGUAAUGAUUAUGUCGUUCGAGGGGAUAGGACCGCAGAGGAUGGUGUUCCUAUGCUUCUUAAGAUCCCACGCAUGUUUGAUCCCUGGGGUGGAUACAACAUUAUAGGUUUUGGUGAUAUCCUUCUUCCUGGGCUGUUAAUUGCCUUUUCAUUAAGAUCCUUGCUCCGCUGCCUAUUGGCUUUGCAGUGUUCCUGGUUCACCUGGCUACCAUCCCCAUCACUGGCACAGGUAUCAAUCCUGCCAGGAGUCUUGGAGCUGCAAUCAUCUACAACAAGGGCCAUGCUUGGGAUGAC